CCCCUCCCAGCACCAUCCCCACCCAUUUCGUCCCACCACUCUCCAUCUCCCCAUUCGCUGCACCCCAAUAACGUCUCCCUCCCCCUUGCUGGCUCAAGUCCAAGCCCAAGGUCGUCCUUCCCACCCUUCCAGGAAGCCCCCAGGAACGUGAGGUGCAGGAUCCCGGCCUUACACCUGCUCCCCAUACCCCCCUUCUCAGACCAGGGCCCGGCCAUGCUGCUGCCCGCCAUCCCCAGCAUCAUCUCCUCCAGCAGACAAAAGCGCUCAGUGAGCCAACAGCGUUCCCGCUCUGCAUUUCUGCUCCAUGUCACCAUUCCACAUCCCUGCUCCCAGCAGUGGGGUUUUGCCCCCGACCCCAUUCUCCACCAGCCCUUCUGUACUCUGGCCGUUUCCCAAGCUGGCAGCAGCUGUGUGACGGCGCUGGGAGGAGAGUGUUUAUCUUCUCCCUGCAAAACGUGGUUAAGCUGUUAUGCUUUCCUUUGGGGAGGGCUGAGCAACAGAAGCGCGCAGCUCUCACGUGACACGAGACAAGGCUGCAACUGCAUUUCGUCCCCGGAGUAAUUCCGUAAUUAAUUGAUCGUGAGACAAAAUCUGUUACACUGAGUAGGGCUGGUUUUGUUUUGCUUUUCCCACUCUUUUCUUCUUCUUCAACACAUGUUUUUUCAGCUGAUGAGGAGUGCAAAGCAGGGCUUUCAGCCAACUGCAGGCAAACCUUGUUUAGCGAGGCAGCACUUAGCGAAGCUGCACAGCGUUUUCCCAGCCUUGCAGAUACUCUCAGUGUAGUUUUUGCAAGAUGCAAGUGUGAUCACAAUUCCCAUUCCAGCAGAACUCUCACCCAGACUCCUCAUCCAACUGCAGCAUCUCCAUUUUGCUCACAUUUCUUUGCCUUCUCCCUUCCUUGCUUCUCAACCUGAAGUUGUAAAGGUUAUUUUCUUGCUGCUGGGAAGGCAGACGUGCUGGGUGUUUGCUUCUGAUUGCGAAGCGAAGCACAGAUGGAUGUCACCUGCUGGCUCACUGAUGGUUAUUCUGGGAUGACUUUCUGGAGCUCCAUGGAAAGGUUUCCACAUCUGGUCCUUAAAAUUUGGAAAUAGUAAAUCUCCUUUCUCAGGAGAGAAAGGACAAUGAAGAUACGCCUGGGUUUGCUAUGGGCCACCAGCAGGUGGUCAGAUGGGAGCCAUUUGCCACUUCUGGGUCGUCAGGUCUGUCUGAGCUUCGUACUUUGCUGAAGAAGAUGAAUAAUGUUUGCAUCCUGCUGCUCUUCCGUGCCUGAACAUGGAGCAAAGGCCUGAAAACCACCAAGGACUGUUGAUUAGUCUCCUGUUCGUGCUCACUUCUUUCAUUUCCUGAGAGAAAAAGGGGCUGGGGACCAAGGCUUGACCUCAUGGAAAGCCCUCUGUCAGAGCCAGGUGUCUCCAGCACUGUGACAAGGGCAAGAGCUGAAGUCCACAAGCAGCAUAUUUAAGAAAAUACAUUUUUAAGCGCAACCCCCUGUCAUUACUGUUCAACUUGCCUUAAAACCUGCUUGCUUUCCUCACAUUCUUUGGCUUGGAUGAAAAAGUGGCGAAGGAUUGCCAGGUCUUCUCAUGCAUUUCCCAUUUUGUCUUCCAGCGGAAUCGAAUCCCUCUCUGCAGAUGAGCACGAAUUGGAGACCUCUUGUGAGGAGAGCACAGGCUGUGCGGAGGAGCUGCCAGCAGGAGAGGGCAGCUCCGGCAGUGGCUCUGGCAGCCCCAGCAGCAGCUCCAGCAGCAGCUCAGAAGAUGACUCAGAUACGGAGGAGUCGGACACAAGGCGGUCAGAUGAAGAGCAAGAAAAGAAAGAAUCGCAGCCAGUUUGCAGUGAAUCAGAUGGAGCGGACUGUCUGCCCCACUGUGAGCACUGCAGAAAGGAAAAUGCCCAGAGGGAGCAAGUGACCCCUAGGAAGCUUUCUGGAGGACAGUAUUUGAUGAAGCUGGAUGCAGAAGGCACAUACGAGUGCAGUGUCACCGGUCUGAUUUUUGAGGUGAACAAGGCGGUCACCAUCAACUACUCCCUGCUGUCCUGGAGCAAAUACGCCGGGCUGGUAAAGGCGCCGUGGGUGGUGGGCGGCCCGCUGUUCGACGUGCGCUGCGAGGCGCCCUCCGCCCUCACCUCCAUCUCCUUCCCGCACUCCCUCUGCCUCGGCGGUAAGUGCUGUGAUGGAGCUGGGCAGGCUGGAGCAGGCUGCAGUGCUGACGGUGCCGUCACUGUCCCCGCAGAUGGUGGCUCCCAGCCGGCCUUCAAGGUGCUGCACAUCAAGGGUGCAGGUGCGGCCAUGGAGCCGUCCACGGACUUCUCGGCCUCACACGUGCGCUGGCUGGUCAGCUCGCUGUCCCCCGUCGGGCCGCUCAUCCACAGUGAGGAGCCCCUGCUCUACCACGGAGCUGUCAUCCUCUACAAGGCCAUCGAUGGCGACCCCUCCUUGCUGUUCCGGGUCUACGUGGCGACGAACAACGACUCCUUCAUCAAGGAUAUAUCAAGGACAGUGAAACAUUCCAAAAAGAAAUUCAUUAAAAUUGACAAGCCCCCUGUGUGCCAGAAAUUAUUACAGAAGGGAAAGAGAUACAGAUUAAUUUGUGAACCAGAAGCUGAAAUAACUCCAGAGGAAAUUGAAUUUGUUGAUGGAUCUCUUUUGAAGCUGAAAAGUUACAUUGAAGUCUAUUUUGAGAAACCUGAUGACUUCACCUUAUCUUUGGUUGAACUGGACUCGGAUGCAGUUGUGUGGAAAGCAAAACUCAGAGAAAGUGACUGGAUACAUUAUGAUCAGAACAAAAAUGAGCAAACAAGAGUUCCAAGCAGCGUCAAAAGGCGGAAAUCAACCAACAGCUUUUCUGAAGAAGAGAAACACUGUAGCAAAAAGCAAAGGCCUAACAGUUAUACAGAUGGAAUUAAAAGCAGAAGCUUGCUAACUGAUCGACAGCUGAUGGUAAUUGCAAAGUUGUUUGGCGUGGAGUGGAAAGAAAUUGCCAUUGAAUGUCUUCAGAUGGAAAUGAAAGACAUUCAGCAGAUUCAAGCAAACGAAGAGGCAGUCAAUAUCCAGAAAUUUCUGAUGUUAAGCAAGUGGAGAGAAAGAGAGCAAAGCAAUGGAACUGCACAAGCCUUGUGCAAUAGGCUCCGUGAAAAAGUGUCAUAUGAAAUAGUGCAGGCACUAGAAGGCUUUUUGGCUGAGUGAUGAGUUGGAGAAGCUGAUGAGAAGCUCAGGAACUUUCCCCACCCAAAUGGUUAAACUUUUCAAGCUAUUUUCCUGGGAUUUCAUUGUGAUGAAGAUCCAAAUCGUAAUCAGUCAGCGGAAAGUUUAGAGUGUCUUCAAAAGAAAUGUGAAUGAAAUUUUGCACCUACGUAAGUCUCUCUGCUGAGAUACAGCUGUCUGCUGCUUGUACGUCACAAGCCAUGUUCUCACCCCUUUGUGCUCCUCUCCUUGGUCAAAUGGUGUUUCUGGUCAGGCCUUUUCCUGAGGAUCCCUUGUGCAUCCCUUGUGGGCUCUUCUGCUGCUGUAGGAUUUAGGGGACACGCACUGGGACACAGGAACAGCUUGUGGAGCUGCCCUUGGCUCUUCUCUCUGAGGCAAGCAAAGGAGAAUUGCCAUCAGGGACACAGGGUGCCUUGCCCAGGGGAGCUGGGUGGUUGGUGGGGACAACCAGCCCACAGCAUGGGGUUGGAACAGGAUGGGCUUUAGGGUCCUUUCCAACCUAAGCCAUCCUCCCUGCAGCAGCCGGGGCGAUGCCAGUGUCCCCAUCUCUCCAAGCAGAUUCCUGCUGGUCAGUGGUUCUUCUCAUUGCUGCUGCAGUUUUCACUUCUCUUACAGCAUUUCAAGUCAGCUGCUGCUUUCUCUCUGCUUUUGUGGUGAGAGACCCUGUAUAAGCAAGCAGAGCAGUGGUGAGCUUGGAAAAGGGAGUGGGAGGGUGCUUGUCUCAGCAUCUCUCCCUGGGUUUUCAACUGAAGCUCAGUUUUUGUUUCAAAAUGACAGGGGGUUCUCUCUGUAUGCUAAGAAGUUAAUAAACAGCUGUCGUUCUCCAUGUGCAACAGCAGGCACCAAUAAUCAAAAUGCAGGUGACAUUAUGCAGUUUUGCCCUGUUGAAGAUUGAAACAAUUUAUCUCAUAAAAGAGAGCAUGAGGGGGAUACAUUUCCCAGAAUAUCAGUGCUAGUUUUACCACAAGCAAGUGGUUCUAGUGCGUGCAGAUAGUAAUUCACAACACCAAAUGCCUUUGUUGGAGGGUGUGAUGCCUUACCUUUGUAAGCUCACUACCCAAUUAGCAAAUUUCUUCUCAAUUAUGGCACUGAGAGCGGGGAUGUUUGCAUAUCCUCAGUGGUUAUUUCUUAGAUAGGUUCUUAAAUAUGAAUCUCUCCAAACACACAACAUCAAGUGGGUUUGCAAGAAGAGAGGAAGACUUUCCCUGCAAUGGAAGAGAUGGAGGGGAAAGGCUGUGCCCAGCUGCCUGCCUGGCACAGCAGGGAUCAGAUAGUAGCUGUGGAGCAUGGAGCUUUACUCUUAGGAAAACCAAUAUCAACCUGCCAAACUCCCAGCUCCCCGGUGACUGCACAACGCAACGCUGCUCCUAAAACCCCAUUAAAGAUGGAAGGAACAAGAUGGAAGUGCUUACUUGCAUCAUGUCGUCAAUGGAUGUCAGCACCCUCAGAUCCUUGAGGUUCCUCAGCUCUGCCUUGUAGGUUUUCAGAUCUUCGUAGAUCCCCCACAGGCAUUUGCUCUGCAAAAGUCAGGAUUAAUAAGAGAUGCUGGAACUUGUUGCCAAGUGCUAGAAGUGCUAAACAAAGGUUCUCUAUAGAGGCUCACAGCUUACCGUAUCUAAAGUAGAACUUUCCAGUACUGGACAGUUUCCAGCCUGCAAAUAAAUUAAAGAAGAAGUGAUACAGGUUCAUUUAGUGACAACGUGUUAUACAGCUGCUGGAGAAAAUAUGAUGCUGAAAGCUGGCUGUUUUGGUUUUACCCCUGGAUCCUCAGAUGUGCAGGAUUUUAUUGUGUUGAUUUGGCUGUUGGUGACAUCUUCAAGAUCAACCUCUUCAAGGGUGCAUUCAAAUCCCAGCACUCCCUGUUUCUGUGUUAAAAAGGGGGGAAAAGGGGUAAAUGAUUCAGCUUCAGAAAACAGCAAUUAGAGAGUCUCGAAAUCACUAAAUGUUUGUGCUGAAUAUGAAGCACUAGAAAGUGAAAAAAAGAAAAUACAGAGGCAGUGCUCACUGAUACCCUGCAACUUUGGGAAACUCUUUAGUGGUUUUCUUUCGUGCUUCUCUGAGAUGAAGCUUGCAACUCUAGCAGGGGACUUUGGCAGAAAUUCUCAUCCUGAUGGGGAUUUAGGGGCAGAAGGACUCUGUAACAGCAAAGCCAGAGCACCAGCAUGCAAACGCAACGAGCUUGGGAGCAGGUGUCUGCAGAGGCGUUAGAGAAACAGGUGCUCAAAAGCAAGCAGUGCGAUUGGUUGAUGAGAUGGAUGAGAGCUGAGAGACACCUGUGCAAACACAGGUGCUGCUGAUGGUGUGGGUGGGCACUAGGAGCAGUUAGAGGCCUGCUGGCAGUUCAGAAGGAGACUUCCUUGAGCUGAGUGCACAGCGUAUGUGCCUGCCUGGGAUUUAUCUCCAACAUUUCUCCCACUUGGAUAGCAUCAGGAACCCAUCCCCAUCAUCCUGGGUGCCUUCACCAGCACAUUAUCUGCCUGGACACCAUCCCCAGCCUGUCUCCUGCUUGCUGAGGUUCUGUGGCCCUGAAAUGCCAGAUGGGGUGGUUUUAACCAUGGAGAGGGGUGAACACAGCUGUAUGGCUGGGCAUACAGAAACGUGGCCUUGCACACAUCAGGCACAAACACUGCUCCUGGGAUCCCUCAUCUCCUUAUGAGAGGCGAGCACAAGGCGCUCCCACCUGAGCCAGCCUUUGCUAUUGGAGCAGCACAACGUGGCAAAAUGGCCCCAAAGUGCCCCAAAAUGCUGCGAAAUGCCAAGAGAGCUCUCAGCACCUGGCCUGCUUCAGGGGAAGGAGGGGCACAACAACAAUAAGUAAGUGUCAGUUUAAUAAAAUACAUUCGUGGUGGGGGGAUGGAAUUUGGAUGCGUCUCAUGCUUUGCUGCAGCCACCCUGAAUAAGUCGUCAGCCGAGUGCUUUGCUAAGGGGAAUCUGUCAUGGGGUUGGGGGGAAUGAAAAUGUGGAAGGCAAAGGUCCCUGCUCCUGGGAGCAGAGCAGGGCAGGGACACAGUGCCCACAGAGCAGGGCACAGCCCCAAGGCAGGGGGGAGCUGCUGCCAUAUUGCAUACAUUUCAGAUGCUGCUGAAGAUUUUUAACCUAGAUUUUUCUUUCUCUAAACUUCUGACACGGGGGAGUCAUUGAGCUAUUCAGCGUGGAUAAUAAAAUAUAGAAACAUCUAUGUGUGUGCCUGGGCCUAACAACAGUCACAAUAUUAGGGCCUGCUGAAUGCUAGUAUAGAAGAAUAGCUGAAGUCCAUGUCAUACAUACAUGAUGAGCUUACAGGUAAGUAGCUGUACAACAGUCCUGUCUUCUCUGCACAACUGUACGUGCUUGGCUCUUUUUGGUGAUGACAAAGGAGGCAUUGCACACUGAGUUGGCUGAGUACAUCACCGAGUCAACCACCGGCCAACAAAAAGACGUGUCAUAUGAAACAAGUUUUUAAAUGUUUAUUUUACAUCUUUAUACAUAAAACUUUCCAGGUAACUCUUUGAAACCCAACUCAAUGUUAAUAGCACAUCUAAAAAUGAACGUCAGGUAGUCAACAUUCACAAAAUGUUGAAAACUGAUUAAAAUGUACAUAUUACCGAAGGUUACGACGUCACUACGAGGCAGGCAUGUCUUUUGGACUUGUAUAGCACCGUCAAGUACAGUCUCUUUAUUUAAAACUACAGUGAAGAAUAAAAAAGUAGUCAAUGGUAAAAUAUCGUCCAACGUAAAACCUCUAAGCAAACAAAAAUAAAGUUAAACUGCCCUCUCUCCUCAGCCAUGUUUUAUAACGUUAUAAGUACUGUACAUUUUUCUGUAAUAAUAUUAUUAAAACGCCUGAUAUUGAGUGGCACGAGUAAAAAAAGAAAAAAAAAUAAUUAAAAUAAAUUAAGAAGCGGAGGCCAAUCACCGGACAUAAAGCUUCGGACACGACCAAGGACUAACACUGAUUUGCUGCGCGCCACUGAGGACAUCAGCACGUGUACAGACACAGAAGCGAGGGACAGGCGAGCUCCAUCUCUGCUGCCACAGACUCCGGGGUUACUUUGCUGGCAUCUUCUCUGCCAUGUGCUUCUGCUGGCUCUCGGCAUGUCUGGGAAGGAGCAGCCUGGUUAUGCGUUGGCAAAAGCAUGGAGGUGGGGUAGUGGGACUCUGUAAGCUCACGUCUCCUCCCAGAUCCUGCUCUUGUGGGAUUAAGGUCACCCACAGCCCAAUCCCACCGACCUCCCAUGCUACCCGCAUCUCACCGCGGUGGUGACAGUCGCCAUCACCUCCUGCCACCAAUGGGGUUAAGCCAUAGGGCUGCUGCGUGGACACAGCCCGUUUUUCUGCUGGCUUGGUGGCUUCCAAAGGCUGACAGUGGGGGCAAAUGGCCCCUGGACCCCUCCCUCACCUGGUCAGGUCCUCGAUGUCCACCAGCAUCGCAUCCUGCUCCGUGUGCAGCUCAUCCCGGAUGAGCAGCAGCUGCACCAGCUCCUCGUUCAAGCCUGGGGCCGGAGAGAGAGGAGGAGAGUUCGCGCUGAGCAGGGGGAGGUUUGCAAGGAGAGGAAUUUUGCAGUGCUUCAGCCACAGGCAUGAGCAGCUCCACAUCCCUAGCAGGAGCUGCCAGGAGGGACGGUAAUUAACGAACGCGAGCAGUUACAGAGUUGCAGAGCAGCCCAAUGAACGUGUUGGGGCUUUUUUUGUCCUACAGCCACCUGAGACAUUUCCUUUAAGAUUAAUUAAUCAUUGAUAAGGGAAGGUGGAGAUGCCGGGGAAUAACCCUGGCUUCUUUGGAGAGAUCAAAGACAGACAAGGAGGCAAACGCAAGGAUACGUGAGCCAUGUUAAUGUGCUGCAAGACAGAACAUAUGAACUCAGUGGUGUCUAUUGGACCAGAGGGCUUCUCCACUUCUGGAUGCUGCUGAGGCCAUGCAGAGCAUCAUAUCAAAACACAGCCAUAAGGCUGCAUGAAGCCACAAAACUGGCAGUAUUUCUGGCUGCUUUUAGAGGCUGAAGCAACGCUACCUUAAUGAGUGCCCUCUGAAUGCUUGAUGGAUAAAAAGAAAGCAAAAAGCCAAAGGAGCCAGACCUAGCAAACAGCCCACCUCCAGCAGCUCUCCUCAAUGGUUCCAUUCCUGUACAUUUAUCAGCGUUUUUACAUAUAUAAAAUAUAUACAUCCUGAAGUAGACGGUGCUUACUAAAGAAUAAUUAAACAAAGACCACUUACUUUCUA